GACGAGCGUUUCAGGUUCGGGUGGAGCUUGGCUUAUCAGUUAGUCACGGACUUUUCCUCUGCGUAAAUACGCACGGAGGGCUGUGAGCGGCAGACUACUUUCCAAACACUUAUCCUCUGCUUGUUCUUGUUUCCUCGUCCUUUCAACUCCACAUCAAGAUCACCGAGACUCGAACAUGUUUCGCUGUGGUAUCGCCUAUCCCAGAUGCAGGUGGAUCGUGCCCCUGCUGUUGGUCUUCGCCAUUAUUUUUGACAUAAUCGCCAUUGCCGCUACGUCGGGAUGGGUCGAGGACGAGGACGCGAAGUCUCACUACGCCAGUAUGUGGGAACACUGCCGUGGAAGAAACAACGAGUGGAGCUGCAAGACGCUCAUGGAGUACUCUUGGGCCCAGGCUGUAGCUGCUCUCAUGGUGAUUGGACUCAUCAUCCUCAUCAUAGCCUUCAUCAUCUCCUGCAUUGCUCUGUGCAAAACUGUCAACACCAGCCUCCUGUACCUCAUUGGAGUUCUGCUUAUCAUUGUUGUGAUUCUGCAGGUCAUUGCUCUCAUCAUAUACCCAGUUAGGUUCCAGGACCUGAUCUUCGAAGGCCAUUAUUACUUCAACUGGGCCUAUGGUUUCGGUUGGGGGGCCACUCUACUGUCCCUUGGCUGUGCCAUCCUCUUCUGCUGCCUGCCUCGUUAUGAAGAUGAGCUGACCGGUCUGGCCAAGACCAAAUACAUCUACUCCUCUGAGUAAAUGGCUCCAACAUACUCCCUCUAAAACUUUAUUCUGAUGAGCUGGAUGUUGUUGAUCAUUUGACAUUUUGACACUGGACCAUGUCACCAAAGAUUGUGAAGUGUUUGGCUCUGCACUCACAGUGGAAAUUCUGCAUCAGAGAAGCAAAAAGGAUGUAGACUGUGACAAAAUGUCUUAUCUCUUUUGUACAAAUCUCUAUAUUUGGUUAAAACACUAUUUUCUAAACAAACUAAAAUAUUCCAUUUACUCUCAUACAUUCACAAGUGCACUUAAGCAAAUGAAUGUAAUAUGUUCUGUAUCUCAGAAAGAAUCCGAACUAAAUAGAACUUUGCACAGGUUGCAAAUAACCUAAAUAUGUUAUAAAAGUAAUAAUUUGUAAUUGUUGCUGUUGUCAAGUUGAGAAACAAAGCAAUGGAGCACAGAAUGAUACUGGACUGUAUAUUUAGCUAAGAGAUUUUCUUGUACUGUCUGAAAACAAGGGUUUAAUUAUUACUAAGGUUAUGGUAAUAUGAUGAGGAUAUAAUUUCAUGAAUAUUGUGACUUUAUAUUGCAUUGUUAAUGCCAUAUGUCUAAAGGGAGCAAUAUAAAAUGUAACUCUAACACUUUUCUCAAACUUUUUUUAACACUAACUACAUGUUUGGAUGCUUGGGAUUUAUUUUUUAAUACUUUGUCAUGUUUUAUAAUGCAAUAAUAAUGCUAAUAAAAAAUGUAUGUAUUCUUUA